GCUGCGGAGCGCGGGUCUCCGCCGUGGUUACGGACUGGGCGUUUCCGUUGUCGGAAUCUCGCGGCAGGAGCCAUAUGUUGAAGACAAUGUCUGGAAGCUUCUAUUUUGUAACUGUCGGCCACCAUGAUAAUCCAGUUUUUGAAAUGGAGUUUUUGCCAGCUGGGAAAGCGGAAUCCAAAGACGACCACCGUCAUCUGAACCAGUUCAUAGCUCAUGCUGCUCUCGACCUGGUAGAUGAGAACAUGUGGCUGUCGAACAACAUGUACCUGAAAACUGUGGACAAGUUCAAUGAGUGGUUUGUGUCAGCAUUUGUCACUGCGGGGCAUAUGAGAUUUAUAAUGCUUCAUGACAUAAGGCAAGAAGAUGGAAUAAAGAACUUCUUUACUGAUGUUUAUGAUUUAUAUAUAAAGUUUGCAAUGAAUCCAUUUUAUGAACCCAAUUCUCCUAUUCGAUCAAGCGCAUUUGACAGAAAAGUUCAAUUUCUUGGGAAGAAACACCUUUUAAGCUGAAUGCAGAAAAAUUCUGAAAUAAACAAUGUUACAACAAUGGGGUAUACUCAGGAAUGUGUACAUUGUAAGUAAUGUGAUUAAAUAGCCUGGAAAACUUUUA